AUGGAAGAGGCAGCAGAUAGGGGGCCCCCCGCCAGCUGGGGGCCCUCGAGCUCGCUGCAGCAAAAAGGCCUGGAGUCCCAGAGCCGGCUCACUUCCGGGGUCUCUGAUGCAGCAACUGCAACAACAGCAGCCACGGGGACAGCAGCUCCAGCAGCAGCAGCUGCUGCUGCUGCUGCAGCACGGGGAAAGACAUGGCUGCGGCGUUGCCCCGUCUGCUGCUGCAGCAUUGCUGCGUGCACCUGCAGUGCUGCAGCCAUAGCUGCUCAGCAGCAACGGCUGCUGCAGCAGCAGCAGUUGAUGCAGCAGAGGCGGCAGCUGCUGCAGCAGCAGCACGAGCAGCUCGAGAGGGAGAAGUCACUGCAGCAGCAGCAGAAGACCCUGCUGCAGCAGCAACUCAGCAGCAGUGAUGACGCAGCACUCUCCACACUAUCGGGGGGCCCCCCAAUUAGCCCGGGGGGCCCCCCAGGUGACCCGGGGGCCCUCUUAAAAGAUGCAUAUUGGGGGCCCCUUACAUUCCCCCUGACUGAGGCUUUGCCUGAUGAGGGGGCUGUCUUCCCUCUGCAGCAGCAGCAGCAGCAGCAGCGCGGAGAUGCAGCAGCAGCAGCAGCAGCAGCAGCAGACAGCAGCAGCAGCGUGCUCAAGCGGCUGCUGGGGCCCCGGCUCUAUGCUGCAUGCAAAGUGCUGCAGCCUGAAGUGACCCCAGGGGCUUUGGCGCUGCCUAGCUGCUGCUCCCCGGGAGAAGCACCAGCUGCUGCUGGCUCUGCAGCAGCAGCAGCAGCUGCUGCUGCUAGUGCUGCAGCAGCAGUUGCUGCUGCUGCAGAGGGGCCCGCUGAAGACGCCGCCGCAGGCGCAGCAGGCCCGCGCAGCAACAAAGGCAGCUUCCAGGGCUCUGCAGCAGCAGCUGCUGCUGCUGCCUUUGCUGCAGUGCCUCCCCUAUGCAGCGACGCCGACAUACAGCCGUUCCUUCCUCGCAGCAGCAGCAGCAGCAGCAGCAGCAGCAGCAGCAGCAGCAGCAGCAGUGCCGCACGAAGAAGCAGCAACGGAGUCCUCAGCGUCUCCUCUGAUGCCUCUGACUGCAGCAGCUUGGUUUACUACAGCAGCCAAGGAAACAGAGGCAGCAGCUCCACCAGCAUCCCCCUUGAGCCUUGCUUCCAGCUGCUCAGCAGCAGCAGCAGCAGCAGCAGCAGCAGCAGCAGCAGCAGCAGCAGCGGUGAGUCGCCUCCCCACGCGCUUCUAGGGCCGCAGCAGUCCCUUGCUGCUGCAGCCCACGAGGGGCAGCAGCAGCCGGAGGGGCCCCCCAAGGACUGCGGGGGGCCCCCCGGGGGCCCCCCCAAGGAGGACGACGGAGGCCCCGGGGGGCCCCCCAAGGGCGCUGGGGCUGAAGACCCCCAGGGGGUCCUGUGUGGACUCUCAGCACUCGAGGGGGGCCCCCAAAAAGAAACUUUUGGGGAAAAAGAUUCUGCACUUUGGCAAGAAAGUCCUGAAGGCCGCAGGGCCCUCAGGGCCAGUCUUUACGAGCUGCAGGCCCGCCUCGCUGUGGCCGAGCAGCAGGUGCGUGCGCUCCCAGCAGCAGCAGCAGCAGCGCAGCAGCAGCAGCAGCAGCGCAGCAGCAGCAGCAGCAGCGCAGCAGCAGCAGCAGCUGCUGCUGCUGCUGCUGCUGCAGCAACAGCAGUGGCAGCGGCUGCAGCAGCAGCAAGGGAAAUAGAUCUUUGGCGGCUGCGGCAGCAGCUGCUGCGCCGCAGCUGCGCGGGGGGCCCCCCCCCGCUGCAGCAGGGGCCCCCUGCUGCGGGGCCCCCAGCAGCGCAGCAGCAAACCCUUGGGGCCAACUCCCAAGAGGCCAAGGAAGCAGCAGAAGCACUUGAAGCUCUGCAGCGGAAGCUGCAGCUCGUGCAAAGCGAAAGACAGCACCUCAGAGAGGCCCUUAAGAGAAAACAUGUUGCAGAAAUGGAACUCAGGGCCCAUCUGUCUUCUAUCUCUGCGGUAAACGAACAGCUGCAGGCAGAGGCCUCAACCCUCAUGAACUUCCACAGACUCGCAGAGGCGCACGGGCCCGAAGCAGCAGAAAAGCUUCUCCUGCAGCAGAUGAGGUCUCAGACGGAGCAGCAAACCACUCAAAUCAAAGAGCUGCGGAGACUUCUCUCCAGCAAAGAGGCCCACACAGUGGCCCUUGAGCGCGAAGUCACAGUGUGCAGGCAAGCUCUGGCUUCUGUGGGGGCCUUUCUAAGGAAAGUUCCCCCCGAAGCUGCUGCACAGCCUCGAGCCCAAACUGAAAGCCGCAGCACCCAAACUGAGGCCCCCACUGCUUCCACAGAGCCUGACUCUGACAGCCAAGCGGCCCCAGAGGGCAGCGAGUCCACAGGGGGCCCCCAGGGGCCCUCGGAGGCAGCGCUGGGGCCCCUGGGGCCCCUGGGGCCCCCAGAGCCCGCUGGGGAGAAGGGCCCGCAGCAGCCCCAGGGGGGCCCCCCUGCCCCUGCAGCAGCCAUUGAAGAUCAGGGGGCCCCCCUGGGGGCCAGCGGGCCCGUCAUGAGGUUCACUGUGGGGCCCUCCACGGGCUAUGAGCACAGAAAGGACGACGCGGUGGACACGGCUGUGGCUGCGUUGAGCAACGCUCGAAUCAACAAAGUGCUCUUUACCCGCAUUUGCAAAGGAAUCUACCUGUACGGACACCUCGCAGUGGCCAUGCGCCUCAGCACUUCAGGAGAACUGAAAGUUUCUUUUGAAGGAAAAGACUAUUCGGCCAAAGAAUUCAUUCACAACUUCGAAGAAGAAGAGUUUCGUUACUUGAAAGAAAGACAAAAAGAGUCCGGCCGCGCAGUUUCCCUCGAAGUGUGCCCCCAUGGGGCCCCCAGCCCCAGCCAGGGGCCCCCCAGGGCACAGGCAAAGCAAGCCCGGCUUCGUUCUGUGAAGUCCAAGGGGGACUUGGGGGCCCCCGACGGCAAGAGGGGCCCCCCUAGGCGCCGCAGCGCUGCGGGGGCUGCAGCAGUGGGCGCGGCCCCAGAGGGCCCCCUGGACGGGGGGCCCCGCUGCCGCAGCAGCAGCAGCAGCAGCAGCAGCAGCAGCAGCAGCAGCAGCAGGGCCCGCUCUUCAGUUUCCAGGCUCUCUUCUUGCCGCCUGCUGCCCUGCAGCAGCUUGCCAGCCAGCCACGGCGUGGGCUGCUGGGGGCCCCAGGAAAGGGGCAGUGCAUUUGUCUUUCAAGACACAGUUUACAACAUGAGGAGAACUGCUGGCCCUCUUUGCUGCAGCGGGAGGAGCCCGAAGGCAGCAGCAGCCCCGCGGGCAGCAGCAGCGCCGAAGGCAGCAGCAGCAGCGGCGAAGCCAGCGGCAGCAAAGCCAGCAGCAGCAGCAAAACCCCGCCUCGCAGCAGCAGCAAGCUUCAGCCCCCCCAGCAGCGGGGCCCCCCGCAGCACAGGCCCGAAGCAGCGCCUGAGGGCCCCCAGUGCUGCUGCAGCGCAGCUCACUCGCCCCGGCAGGGCUUGUCAGUGCAGCAGCGGGGCUGCAGCAAAGCCGGGCCACCCCACAGUUCAGCCCAAGUUGCGGCAGGGGCCCCGGGCCCCCACAAGGCUCUACAGCCCCCUCUAG